AGGGAAGGAGAGAUUUCACAAAUCCCACCAUUUCGACUUUUCCGGAGGAAUUCCCAUGCUGAUGGGGAUGGAGAAGGCUGGGAUUGGAGGAGAUCCUUUAGUCGGCCAGAAGAUCCCGUCCAAGUAUCCCGGCGUUCCCAGAGGAGAGGGCAGUGAUGGACCACCAUGGUUAGCCUUUGACCAACAGGUUCUCUGCUUUGAGGCGUUUUAUCAGGAAACUGUCCCCGAUGCAGAGCUGGAGAUGCAAAACAUCCGAAGGUGCAAGAUCUACUUCUACUUGGAGGACGGGACCAUCCAGGUGGUGGAGCCAAAAAGCAAGAACGGCUGCGUUCCUCAAGGAACUGUGAUCCGCCGCCACCGCAUUCCUCUGCCCGACCAGCACCAGUUCUACAACGUCUUCCACUUCAACAUCAACCAGGAGGUGGUGUUUUACGCUCGCACCUUCAAAAUAACCGACUGCGACUCGUUCACCAAGAACUUCCUGACCAACCUUGGAGUGCUGCUGAACGAGCCGACCGCGGCGCCGGAGCACCCUUUCAGGACGCUGCAUCAGAAGUCUGAGGACAGCAUGAAGCCUCUCAGGCAAAACCGGGACAAGUUCCAGAAGUUCCUCAAGAACGACGGGAAAAUCCUUCGCUUCCGCUGCUUCUGGGAAGACACAGUGUUUGGAGACCAGCAGGAGCUGAUCCUUCUCUACUACCUGGCUGAUGACACCAUAGAGGUCUUCCAGGUGGUUCCAAACUCAGGAAGACAACAUGUCCCCAAAUUCUUAAGUCGCAGCAAACUUCCAAAGCGCCCUCCGGUUCGAAUGAAGCUCCCAGGAGAAGCCAUUGAUCCCUCUGUGCUCAACCCGUUGGCCCCCAUGACACAGGCAGGAUUAGUCAGCGAGGAGUUCUACAGAGACUCGGACCUGACUAUAGGAGCAGAAGUGAACAUCUGGGGGAGACGAGUGGUGAUUACUGACUGUGAUGAAUUCACCAGGGACUACUACCGCUCCAAAUAUGGCAUAGAGGAUUUCUCCCCCCUCCAGUACAAGGACCCUCCGCCCCCCAAACCAGCCCAGACGGUGCCCCCCUACAAUGGGUUUGGCUCCGAGGAGGAUUCCCUGAACUCCUGCCAGGGCCUGCUGCGCCGACGGCCCCAGAAGAAGAAGUUCAUGGAAGAAGAAAGAUGUGGCCUGAGCAGAUACCUGCUGAAUUUCCUUGCCAAGAUGGUGACCACGGACCCUGUGGACACGGAGAGGAGGUUCAUCAUCACCUUCUACCUCUCUGAUGACUCCAUCAGCGUGUUUGAAAAGCCACAGAAGAACUCAGGUGUACUGGGAGGAAAGUUUCUGGAGCGUCGGCGGGUUCUGAAACCGGGCCAGGAGCUGUUUAAGAGCGAGCCCUUCCAGUACCUCACAGCCCAGGAUCUGUACGUCGGAGCCUCCGUCUGCCUGAAAGGGGUGACCUUCCAGCUUCUGGAUGCUGACGAACACACCCUGAGCUACAUGGAGCAGCAUGAGCAGCAGUUUCCCAGAGCCAAUGCAGACAUCAUCCUCAGCAAAGUGCGCUCCUUUCCGGAGGACAAACACAGCCGGAUCAGGGAGUUUCUGGCCCUCAGCGACCCCACCAACACCGGCCUCGUCCCCUAUGAGUCCUUCAGAGGCUUGAUGAUGGACUGCGGGCUGUCGGAGCACGAGGUUCUGGUCCUGGCGCGGCGCUUCUCUGAGCGCCAGGAGCCUGAGACGGACGUGGGCUUCAUGCUGGCUGCGGCGCAGCACUUCCUGAGGGUGAAACCGUUCCAGGACUUCCCUCUGCUGGCGGACCUCUUCAUGUACCACGACAGGCAGAAGUAAGAUUCACACCAGGUAGAAAAGCUGAAGCCGCCAUCAGCUCCAGCGGCGCUCCAGAUGGAAGUCACACGUUUAGGAGUGGAUUCCUUCCAGGGCAGCAUUCCUGUUUUCCUCUGGCUAAUUACCUACAGGAGCUUUAAGUUUGAUCAGCUCUGUUUUAUUCACAGCAUCAGGCGAUGUCUGUAAAUUCUUCUGAGCAGAGGGGGAUUUACCAUCAGGAAAUACCAGGCAGCUGCCUCGGGCCCCGAGUUCCUGGGGGCCCCUUAGAACUCUGUUUCCAUGUAUGGUUAAUGCAACUAUUCCUUAUUUGUUCACAUUAAUUAUGUUUUUGGUAAAAAUCAUUUGGCUAAAAUUCCAUCAGAACGCUGAUAAUA